GGGGGGCAAAGGUCAAGCAAGGUGUACACUGUGUAUUUUGAGUAGUUUAGAAUGGACGAAUUAAUCUAGCUUACCAAACCGUUUGGUUGGAGGAUUGCAUUUUGUCAUGGCUAUUUACAUGGACUCACGACAUCGUGGUAUCUUAGAACGUUUUGAAGAAAAGUUGGAGUCAAUCGUUGGAGCAACGAAGGUGCGUUAGGGAAGAAAAUCGCGUACGUACGGGUCCUUGUCGUGCCCCAAAAAUAGCCCGGUACCUACAAACUGUGACGCAUCACUCCCCGUGACCACACUCAUCUCUCAAGAUGUCUUCCUGCGACUGUGUAGACGGAGACCUCUUGGUCAUCAAGGCGAUCUUCUUCUUCUUUUUCUCUGGAGCGGCGUGUAUUCACCCAUACAUAGCCGUCUACAUGAAACACCAGGGGCUGCUGCCGUCCCAGAUAGGUGUGAUCAAGUCUGCCGGAAACUUCAUGUCAGUUAUCAUCAAGCCACUCCUCGGCAGCAUUGCAGACAAGACUGGGAGGCCAAAAAUUGUGGCUGUCUUGACCGUAACGAUCGCUUCCGUUCUGCACUUCUCGAUGUUGUUCAUCCCACCCGUGCCGGCCUCACCGACUUCAACUGAAGCGACCAGUCAGCAGAGACACCUAGCGGAAGCUGAGAAAAGUGGCACCGAGCACACUCAGUCUUGGUUCUCCCUAACUUUCUGGUUAUUCUUCUGGAUCAUCUUCCUGUCUCACGGUGUGCAGUGGAGCUCAGUUUCACAGGUGGAGGCGGCAACGUAUCAAAUCAUCAAGAAAAACCAAAGAGGCGAAUUCGGACGACAGCGCGUCUUUGGAGCCGUCGGAUUCUCGCUUGUUGCUUUCUUGUCAGGCGUUGCCAUGGAUACGUUCACCACUCAGAAGUCACAGAAUCCUGGGAACAGGACGAGCCCAGCUACAGACACCCCUGGGAACGAGCCUAAUUAUUCCGUGGCCUUCUACAUGUUUUUGACCUUCAUGGUGUUAUCUAUAACUUGCCUGCUGGCCGUGAAGGACUGGAGCACAGAACCGUCCAUAGGAUUUAUAAAGAGCAUGGGGAGACUGCUUUCGCAAGUCCAUCUCCUCAUCGUCCUUUUUGUUGUAAUUCUGUUGGGCGCCUGUGAUGGCGCUGGUGACACGUACCUUCUCCUUCAUCUGAAAAACCUGGGUGCCAGCCAGACCGUUCUCGGUACAUACCUUCUCGUGAAGAACGCGUCCGAGAUCCCGGUGUACAUCGUCGCCGGCUGGGUCAUCAGGAAGCUCGGCCACGUGGCGGCAAUAGGUGUGUAUACGUAACAGCGGGGUUCAAGG